AUGACUUCUUCCAUGGCUUCCCGAGGAGUCUCUUCCUCUUCUUCUUCUUCUUCCACUCAUCGGUGGAUGUACGAUGUGUUCCUAAGUUUUAGAGGCGAAGAUACUCGCCACAAUUUUACUGCCCAUCUAUACCAUGCUCUGCAUAUGAAGGGAAUCAACACUUUCAUAGAUGAUGAUGAGGUUAAAAGGGGAGAGGAGAUUUCUCCAGCACUUCUCAAAGCCAUUGAGGAGUCAAAAAUUUCAAUCGUUGUAUUCUCUCAAACCUAUGUAUCAUCCACUUGGUGCUUGGACGAGCUAACAAAGAUCCUUGAGUGUAAAGAAACAAAUGGACAAAUGGUUCUACCAGUAUUUUACAAGGUGGAUCCGUCGGAUGUACGAUAUCAAAAGAAAAGUUUUGAAAAAGCAUUGGCUAAACAUCAAGAGAGGUUCAAGGAUGACAUCAAAGUGCAAAGGUGGAAGGCAGCCCUAACGCAAGUCGUCAAUUUGUCUGGGUGGCAUUUAGACAAUUAUGAGAAUGAAGCCAAAUUUAUUGACAACAUCGUUCAGAAUGUCUCAAGAAUUGUAAACCACACAUACUUACAUGUUGCCAAGUAUCCAAUUGGAAUAGAGUCUCGUGUACAACAAAUCAAUUCACUUUUAAGUAUUGAGAUGAAUGAUAGACGCAUAGUAGGAAUCUUAGGAGCAGGUGGAAUUGGUAAGACAACUAUUGCAAAAGCUAUCAACAACUUGAUUGCCUCCCGGUUUGAAGGUAGUUGUUUUCUUGCCAACGUUAGAGAAACUUCUAAGCAAUAUUUGGGCUUGGUCCAAUUACAAAAUACUCUUCUUUCGAAAAUCCUAGGACAUACUGUGAAGGUUGACAAUGUUGAUGAAGGAAUUAUCAUGAUAAAGAAAAGACUUUAUUCUAAAAGGAUACUCCUUAUUCUUGAUGAUGUGGAUGAUAAAUUGGUCCAAUUAGAUAAAUUGGCUGGAGAAGUUGAUUGGUUUGGUUUGGGAAGUAGGAUCAUCAUAACGACAAGAGACAGGAAAGUAUUGACUAAUCAUGGAGUAGAUCUAAUAUAUAAGGUGAAGGAAUUGGACUCAAAAGAAGCCCUUGAGCUCAUUGGCUGGAAUGCUUUCAAAGGAGACAAACCUACUGAUGAUUUUCUAGAACUAAUGGAACAUGCAAUACGUUAUGCUGGGUGCCUUCCACUAGCUUUAGAAGUACUAGGUUCAGAUCUACAUGGUAAAGAUAUACACCAAUGGAAAAGUGCACUGGAUAAGUACAAAAGAAUUCCUCACACAAAUAUUCAAGAAAUACUUCGAAUAAGUUAUGAUGGAUUGCAUGAAAAUGAGAAGAAUAUUUUUCUCGACAUUGCAUGUUUUUUCAAAGGAUGGCAGGUGAAGCCAACUCGUUCUCUUCUAUUGAUGAUGCAUCGACUUUUCUCAACUCAAGAGCAAAGAGCUAAACUGGUUCUGCAACCCAAUUAUUAUCUCUAG